AUGUCGGACAAGGAGCGAUUGAACCUGCUGAAGGAGGUCGCCGGAACCAAGGUCUACGAGCAGAAGCGCGCCGAGUCCGUUCGCAUCAUGGAAGAGACGGAUGGGAAGCGCGCCAAAAUCAAUGACCUGCUCGACACUAUCGAAGAGCGUCUCGAGGAACUGGAGGGCGAGAAGGACGAGCUCAAGCAGUACCAGGAGAGUGACCGCGACAGGCGCUGCCUUGAGUACGCUCUGUUCAAUCAGGAGCUGAAGGAAGUCACCGACAAGCUGGAGCAGAUCGAGGAUGAGCGCAGCAACGAUGUGCACGACAGCAAUGAGCGCCGAAAGGAGUUCAACGAUCUCGAAAACAAGAUCCAGCGGGUGGAGGAGAAGCUGACGGAAUCGAAGCACUCUCUCGCCACGACCCAGAUCUCCCACAAGCAGGAUGAGGCGGAGCGCGCUGACCUCGUGCGAAACAAGGCCGAGGUGGAGUGUGUGAUCGCCGACUUUGAGCAGGCUGGCGAGAACAACGAGACGCGCCGCCUGGAACUUGCCGAGCAGCUCGAUAACAUCGACAAGCGAGUCGCCAAGGCUUCCGAGGACUUCAUGGGCGUCAGCGUCCAGUACGAGACCAACCUCGCUCUGGAGCGCCAGGAGAAGGAGAAGCUGGAGACGACGCAGUCGAAGGUCCAGGUUCUGUUCGCCAAGCAGGGUCGUGCCCGCCAGUUCGCCUCCCAGGCCGAUCGUGACCAGUUCCUGAACAAGCAGAUCCAAAGCCUGCAGGCGUUCGAGCAGCAGCAGCAGAAGACGAUUGCCGACCUCCAGCGCGAUGUAGCCAACGCCAAGGCCAGUCUGGACGAGAUCUCCAAGCGCGCCCAGGACCAGCUCCAGGGAGAGGAGGAGAGGCGUGAGCAUCUGAAGCAGAUGAGCGAGGAGGCUGCCAAGCUCAAGGUAGAGCUCGACGGUAUGCAGGAGAAGAGAAAGGAACUCUGGCGCGAGGACGGAAAGCUGUCUCAGUCGGCGCACAAUGCGAAGGGCGAGCUCGAGACGGCUGAGCGCUCGCUGCAGAGCAUGAUGGACAAGGACACGGCGAUGGGUCUGCGUUCCGUUAAGGCUAUCACGAAGCGACUCAACCUGCAGGGUGUCUAUGGACCGCUGUACGAGCUGUUCGAUGUCUCGGACAAGUACAAGACGGCUGUUGAGACUGCCGCUGGCGGAAGCUUAUUCCACGUUGUCGUCGACACUGAUGAGACGGCCGCCACGCUCAUCAAGAUCAUGAACCAGGACAAGUCUGGACGCGUCACCUUCAUGCCCCUGAACCGUCUCAAGAGCAGCAACGUGCAGUACCCGAAAUCCAACGACGCAGUCCCGAUGAUCCAGAAGCUGCGCUUUGACCGCAUGUACACGAUGGCGUUUGAGCAGGUGUUCGGCCGCACCAUCAUCUGUGACGACCUCACCGUCGCCGCCCAAUACACCCGUUCUCACGCCCUGAACGCCGUCACCGACGAGGGCGACCGCGUUGACCGCAAGGGUGCCCUCACGGGUGGUUACCACGACGUCCGCCGAUCGCGCCUCGACGCUGUGCGCAAGGUCAAGCAUUGGCAGAAGUCUUACGAGACGGUCGCCGAUCGUCACAAGGAGGUCAAGGAGAGCCUGAUCACGCUCGAGCAGGAGAUUUCCCAGGCCAUGGGUAAGAUCCAGAAGUUUGAAGCUCGACGAAAGGCGAUUCUGGACGACCGCUCCAACCAGGCGCGCCAAGCCAACUGGACUCAGCGCGAGGAGGAGACCGCCCGCCAGCGUGUCACUCGCCUCGAGGGAACGCUCAGCGAUGCUGAGGCUCAGCUUCGUGGUGCGGCGACGCAGCGGACUGCCUUACAGGAUGAGCUCAAGACGCCGCUACAGCAGCAGCUCUCGCCGCAGGAGGUGCAAGAACUUGAGGUUUUGUCGCAGCAGGCCGAAGCGCUGAAGGAGUCCCUCCUGCAGGCGGCCAACGCUCGUCAGGCGAGCUGGGCUGAUCGCGGUCAGCUCGAGAUUGAGCUGACGGAGAACCUCCGCCGAAGGCGAGAGGAGAUCCGCAGCAAGCUUGACGACCUGGAGGGAGCCGCUGGCGCUGGUGUUCUGCAGUCUGGCGAGGUCGAGCUGCGCAAGUCUGAGCUUAGCACGAUCAACCGCUCGAUCGCCGAGCUUGACAAGCGAUUGAACUCGACCGAGAAGGAGAUUGAGAAGGUGCAGAGCGAGAUCAACGACCUCUCGAUCAAGCUCGAGGACCUGCAGGCGCGCCAGAUGGACAGCACGCGCGCGAUCGUGCGCGCUCAGAAGAGCGCCGAGCGCUACCUUGCCAAGCGCCAGAUGCUCGUGAACCGCCGGGACGAGUGCAACACACAGAUCCGUGACCUCGGAGUGCUUCCGGAGGAGGCGUUCUCCAAGUACCGUGACGCUCCGCCGGCCAAGAUCCUGAAGAAGCUGAACAAAGUGACUGAGACGCUGAAGCAGUUUGUGCACGUCAACAAGAAGGCGUUUGAGCAGUACCAGAGCUUCACGAAGCAGCGCGAUGAGCUGCUGCAGCGCCGCGAGGAGAUGGACGAGUCGGCGCAGUCGAUCAAGGAGCUGAUCGAGACGCUGGACCAGCGCAAGGACGAGGCGAUCGAGCGGACAUUCAAGCAGGUGUCGGCGUACUUUGAGGACGUGUUCGAGCAGCUCGUGCCGGCGGGCAAGGGCCAGCUCAUCAUGCAGAAGAAGCAGGAUGGCGGCGCGGCCUUUGACGAGACGCUCGACUCGACGGCCGAGGGCGGCGAGAAGAGCGAGAUUGACAACUACACUGGUGUAUCGAUCCGCGUCUCGUUCAACUCGAAGCAGGACGAGGGCCUGCUCAUCCAGCAGUUGUCCGGAGGGCAGAAGUCGCUCGUCGCACUCGCGACCGUGUUCGCGAUCCAAAAGUGCGACCCGGCUCCGUUCUACCUGUUCGACGAGAUUGAUGCCAACCUCGACCCGCAGUACCGCACGGCGGUCGCGAACAUGAUCCACCAGCUGAGCGACAGCGCGCAGUUCAUCACGACGACGUUCCGCCCCGAGAUGCUCCAGUUUGCGGACAAGUUCUAUGGCGUCUUCUUCGACAAGCAGAAGGUGUCGGACAUCAAGACCAUCUCGCAGGAGGAGGCGUACCAGUUCAUCGAGACGGCGGCGGAGCUGCGCCAAUAA